GCAGCAAAACACAACUUCAGAUAUCCCAAAAUGCCGCGGCCAUGCAAAAAGUGCGAGCUUCCAAGCGAGGAGGCAGCUCGCGGCCCAAGGUCCUUGUCGCCGCCAAGGUUCUUCAACCGCACCGAGUCCAUUGCGGCCAAGCCCGGCUCGCAGGAGACCGGCUUCCUGACAAAGCCUGCUCUACACAUACCGGAAGAUACUAUGACUGCAACGGCGAGACUACGAUUGGAUGAAGCAUCCCGCCUGUUCCCUGAGGCACACCGUGCUCAUGACAGACGGACGCAACAGGAACCAGCUGCACAGAGUUUCAGUGGCAGGUGGAGCAGGGGCUUCUCCCCGUCGAGACACGGCCUGGGAGCGCGAAACCGCAGCCCUCCUAAAGAAGGCCCUGUUGCCAACUUUGCGGCUCCCCAGAUCGAGCCGCAGGCAAGCCCUGGUUGGCCUUUCACCUCGCCCAACAUUCCAGGACACAAUCCAUUUGACAUGUCGACGCAGGCCAUGAAGAUGAAUGGCCAGGCAAUUCUUUGCGCAGUUCCCAGCGGAAGUCUGGGACCCUCCGGCGCCGUGCGGGCAAAUGUGGCUCAGGCAAAGCCGAGCACACGUGAAGUCUGGGACUCUGGUCCGUGCCAGCGAAACUUGACGCCUGGUUGGCUGCAGCUGCCGCAGGUGCAGAAGAUGCCUUACCAGUUUGAGAGAAUGAGUCGGACUCCAAGCGCUUGCCGAUCUCGAUCGGGAUCUGCUGACACCGCGGCUUCGGCAACUGUGUCACAGAGCGCAACAGUUGGAGCGCCGUGCUUUGUCGGAAGUUGCCAACCGUUUACCGUGCAAGGCGGACGUUCUGCCACACGCACCAAGCUCGCGAGCGUCCAACUGGGUGCUCUCCAGCCAGUGACACGGGUGGUGCAGAGCGAGUCAGCUUUCAAGAAUCCGGCUGACUCAGAGGCUAGAAGCUGGGUUUCCCAGCCGCGGGUGAUUCGCGGAAGAUCAGCAUCGCCCUUAAAAACGACAGUUGCCGCAUCUGUGACGAUGCCAGCGUAUCCAGCAUCACCAGCACUCUCGCCGGCAGUCUCACCGGGGGUGUCGUUUAGGUCGAUUGCAUCCCCGCAGAUGUCUGUCCCAUUUGGAUGCGCGAGAUGGGAGCUUCCUAGAUCUGUGUCUCCAAGCAAGGGCCCUGUCCGGGCAACCUCUAUGCAGAUGCCACCACAGCCAAGCUCUCCUAUACAGCGGGAGCGGGUGGUUGUGGCUCCCAGAAUGUCUCCUGCUUUAUGCGGAUUCCGAGCUUGCGGGGCUCCUUCUCAGAAGGUGAACGUGGGAAAUGGCAACGCAGAGGUGGAGAAGAGCUUCAAGGAAAGCGAGCCCGUGGUGAUUGCAGUAGCAGAUGCAGAUCUUUCCAAGCAAUUUGAGGCGAAGCCGGUGGUGGAUCUGCAUGUGCCCACCACGGAGAGCGCGAGUCGUAGCGCGAUGGAGCAGAAGGCGGAAUGUGCAAAUGUCGAGGGCACCACGGCUGAGACCAACGAGGAUAUGGAAGAGGCCUACAUCCUGUCAGCCUUCAGAGACCGGGAUGAAAACCAAGUCCCAGGUGCCCAUUGGAAGGAGGUGGUGGCGGAGGCCUCGACCGCUGCGAAGGCGGUGCUCGCGGGCUUCGGCGGCGCAGCCGGCGGCGGCGCCCCGAGCGGCGACGGCGAGGAGCGGCUGCCGUCCGUGGAGUCGCUGAGGGCGACGCUGCAAGCUCUGCGGGCACAGGAUCGACUCAGUGGCACGCUUCCCACCGAGCCCGUGGCAAUUCGAUUCGAGCCCAUCACUGCGCCGCACGUGCAGAGCCAGCCUGAGUCAAGCUGGAGUGAUGCCGGUGAAGCGGAAUUAGUUCAUGCAAUUAAGCAUGCAGCAGCUGAAAACGCUGCUUGAACGUCAGUUUAUGUUCCAUUUAUUGUGACCCAUCCUCGACCUUCUGAGCUGACUGUGUG